GUUUACGCAUUCACUCACCUUUUUCUCUCUCUCGCGAAACGCUUCAGUUAUGCCAAACCAAACCGUUCUCGUCACCGGCGGAGCCGGUUACAUCGGCAGCCACACCGUGCUUCAGCUUCUUCUCGGCGGUUUCAAGGCCGUCGUCAUCGACAACCUCGACAAUUCUUCCGAAAUGGCUAUCACCAGAGUCAAGGAACUCGCUGGAAAAUUCGCCAAUAACCUUUCCUUUCACAAGUUAGACCUCCGUGACAGAGAUGCACUUGAGAAAAUUUUUUCUUCCACAAAGUUUGAUGCUGUCAUACAUUUUGCUGGACUGAAAGCAGUAGGGGAAAGUGUGCAGAAACCGCUACUCUACUAUGACAACAACUUGAUUGGGACAAUAGUUUUAUUUGAAGUCAUGGCUGCCCAUGGAUGUAAGAAGCUUGUGUUCUCAUCUUCAGCUACUGUAUAUGGUUGGCCAAAGGAGGUUCCAUGUACAGAAGAGUUCCCUUUGUCAGCAGCAAAUCCAUAUGGACGAACCAAGCUUAUCAUAGAAGAAAUUUGUCGUGAUAUCUACCGUGCUGAGCCAGAAUGGAAAAUAAUAUUGUUGAGAUACUUCAACCCAGUUGGUGCACAUCCAAGUGGUUCUAUUGGUGAGGAUCCUCGUGGAAUCCCGAACAACCUCAUGCCGUUUGUUCAGCAAGUAGCAGUUGGCAGACGUCCUGCAUUGACAGUUUUUGGAAAUGAUUACAAGACAAGUGAUGGCACUGGAGUUCGCGAUUACAUUCAUGUUGUUGAUUUAGCAGAUGGGCACAUUGCUGCAUUACGUAAACUGGAUGAUCCUAAAAUAGGUUGUGAGGUUUAUAACUUGGGAACAGGAAAGGGAACAUCAGUUCUGGAGAUGGUUAAAGCUUUUGAAAAGGCUUCUGGAAAGAAAAUUCCUCUUGAAAUGGCUGGUCGGAGACCCGGAGAUGCUGAAAUUGUUUAUGCAUCAACAGCGAAAGCAGAAAGGGAACUUAAGUGGAAGGCUAAACAUGGCAUCGAUGAUAUGUGCCGCGAUCAAUGGAAUUGGGCUAGCAAAAACCCUUAUGGCUACGGUGGAUCUGAAAAUUCCUCUAAAUCGCGUUGAUAAUUAUUAAAUAUACAUGUUCUCUUUUGGGGCCUUUUAUGAACCCUGUCACACCAUAGGUCACUGCAAAUUUAGUUUUCCCUAAAGCUUUUCUUUAGCGAUCUAGUUACGCGGUAAAUAAGUAGUGUGGUUUACUUUAAUUUAUGGUUCUUUAGGUUUCAGCUUACAGGUUAUUUGAAUGAGGAUUCUCUCAUGUUCUUCAGGAACAUGACUGCAUCCUGUUUUGUAAAUCUAAACCACACAUUGUAGAGUAUAACAAGCAGGUAUAAUCUUAUCUCAUUAUCCACUCUAAAGUUUUAGUUAGCAUC